AUGGAACCACCAAAAUACGACGGAACAAUCCAUCAAGAAGAAUGGGUUAAACAAAUUCGAUUGUUUUGUCAACUAAGACAAAUAACGACAGAACAAGAAAUUUUAAAAAUAUUUGAAGCCUUAAGAAAAGAUAAAUUUUUUACGAUAUAUAAAAAUGACGUUAAGAGAAAGUUGUCUUCCAUGAGAUAUAUUUUGGAAAAAGAUGGUGGUUGUCAUAUUAAAUUUAUGAAAGAAUUUCUUUCACUUUGUUACAAUGCGGAAAUAAUUAAUGAAAUUAACAAAGUUAAAAAAUAUUUGAAUCAAAGUUUAAAAAAUAAUCAGUCGUUACAAGAUGAAUUUGUUGAUAAGAUGGAAAAUACUAAAUCUAUGGAUGAAUUGGUAUUUGCAAGUAAAACAUUACUGGCGCCCGAUACUUUAUGGAUUAUUGGAUAUGAAAGUUCAGAAUAUGUGACUAGUGAUUUAUGUUAUAAUUGGAAGUUUCGAAAUGCAAAGUCUAAAGAAAAAGGAUCAUUUGUUAAAUCGCAAGAUAUAAUUAAUAUUCACUUGGAUUUUGACGAUAAAGUUGUACGUAGUCAUGAAAUCACAUUUAAAGUUGGUAAUGAAGCUUUACUAAAAGUGAUUUAUCAUAAUGAGGAACAAUGA